UUCGAUUUGUCCACCGAGGAGGAGGAAGUGCCACCGAAUAAAUGCAGACGUACACAGACAACAGCUGGAACAAGCCCUGCAUUCUGCCCACCGCCGCUGUUCCCGGACGGUGAUGCAACCCGCCUGAAGUCCUCCUCCCGCGGCCGCUCCUCCCGGCUCCGCGCUGUGCAGGCGGAGGCUCCGAGCGCCGCUCCCGGCACCCGUCCGGCUCCCCGCCUCCCUCCCGCUUACACCGCGCCACAGCCGCCGAGGAGCCCGGUAGGAUCGCGGCCGCCGAGCUCGGCCGGAGCCUGUCCUGGGGAGCGGGCGGCCGCGCGUGUGAAGAUGAGCUGUGAAGAGAUCGCCGUGUGUGCAGUACGGCUCAGAGAAAACCUCUGCCUCUAUUUUGAAGAUGAUGAGCUGGAAUGUGAUGCGUUUUGUAAGGAAAAAACUAUCAAACGAUUCUUUCGAAAUGUCAAUAGCCAAUUGCUUGUGGUUCGUCCAGAUUUAAACAUGGCAGCUUUUGAAGAUGUAACAGAUCAGGAGGUGAAAUCUGGCACUGGAAUGUACUUCAACAUUCACUGUUACAAGACCACCGCGCCUUCAGCAGGGAUGCCUGUUGCAUUCAGCGUCCAGGUAGAAGAUAAGAGUUACUACAUGUGUUGUGAGAAAGAGCAGGGGAAAAUGGUUGUUCGAUUUAGGGAAGGAGAAGUUCCCACAGACAUUCCUGGUGAAAGUAACAUCAUAUUUUUCAAAAAGACAUUUACAUCUUGCAGCUCCAAAGCUUUUAAGUUCGAGUACUCUCUUGAACAAGGAAUGUUCUUGGCCUUUGAGGAAGAAGACUCCUUAAGAAAAUUAAUUUUAAAGAAACUGCCGAGAGAAGAUGAAGUCGAUGAAACCACAAAGUUUGUAACAAGUCGUAAUGAAAGGCACAACCUAUGAUAUAUUUCUACACUCUUAAAAUGUAAUUUGGCUUUUUAUGAAAGAAGUCUAAUUCAUUCAAAAUCCAAAGGAAGACAAUUGUAUAUUUAGUAUAUUUACAUAUAGCCAGCUACAGUAAGAUAGUCCAAAAACAAGCAUCUUCAAAUGCAAAACAAAUGCAAGUUGUUGGGGAAAAGCAACAGAAGAAUGUUUUCUAGCAAAUGAUAGCAAAGAGAAUUACGAAGUGUAUAAACAAGAACAUGCAUGUGUUCAUAAUCCUGUACAGUUUGAUCUCAAACAUCUUUAGAGCUUGUUGAACAAACAGUUUUGAGGUAAAUGUCUCAUACAUGGAAAAGAUCUGUUGUGGGGAUGGAGAGAAAACAGCUGAAAAAAAGAAAACUGCACAUUUCCUAUGCCAGAUCGUGAAUCUCGCCAAUAAACGUCAUUACCUUUUUUGUUAUUUUUUUACAUUAUUUCCUGCAUCUUCACCUAUUUCAGUUACAUUGGCAUUCAUACAGUGGCAUUCAUGAAGUGCUACUUCAACAGAAGUAGCAACAACUUUUACUGUAAACUUAGCAGCAUCUUUUAUUAGAGAACUGGUAACUUACCUGAACAAUUGGAAUUUUAAUAAUGCUGUUUGUCUUCAGAGAAAAUGAAGAAAAUGUAAGGGGUUUUGGAACUUGACAGUAAGCUGCAGAUGACUACGAAAUGAAGCAAACAUUUGUACACGCAACGGGCUGUUGAUCGCAAAGACGGAAAUGGCUGUGGCAAGGAAGCUAUCUUUGUGUAUGACAACAUGGACAUGCUGGGGUUGAGCUGUGCACUCUUUCACAUUUGGAGCUGAGCAAACACUGGAAUUCAGCAAAAAUAAGGUAUGUGUAACACACUGCAAAUAUUUACUCUCCAGAAAUUGUGUGACUCUCAUUUUCUGUGUAUAGGAGUAAAGGAGGCAUUGUUCCUCCUUUCCUCAGCCAACUGCAGACAGUGAUUACCUGGACGUGGUUUGAAGCUGAGGUCCUGGAUUCUCACUUUGCCAGGCUGAAGAGGCAAUUAGAGAGAGGGUACAACUGUCAUAUCCCAUACAGGCAGAAGUAAUCAAAGAAAACAGGAAAGCUUCUGUCAUGAAAUCAAAAAUUCCUCAAAUUUACAGAAGAAGACAAAUCUCAGCAUUUGUUUUGGUAUUUAAAAAAAUACUAAAUAUUAAAAAAAAAAUUUU